GUCACAGUGGCGUGAGGGGCAUGCAGCUCAUUGCUGGCGGCAUCGUUGGGCCAUCCUCUGCCGCUGUGGGCCACUUGCCCAUGCGCGUCGAAUACGUCACGUAUAAGAUGCUCCAGCCUUGAUUCGUGAAUGUUAUCCGCUGUGCGACCGAGUCUUUCCAAAAACGGUCGAUGUUUGCGAACUUUAACCAACUUUCCCGGGGGGCGCGCCGAAGGUUUGGAGCGGCAUUCGCACAAUUUGUCGUGUGCUGAAAGCAUGCCGAAAGCUAUCGUCGAAGAGAGCGCGGACACGGUGUUCACGCCGCAGAUUGGGGUAGACGAUAUGCCCGAUCAUUUUGCCAGCGCCGCCAUCGUGUCCCCGCGGCAAUCCACCGUGCGUGAAUCGGUGAUGGAUCAAUUCUAUGCCAAAGAACUCAAGUACAACGAGAGCUCGAAGAAGUUUGGCGGUCGCAUUCGUACGUGGCCUGGAAUUCUGCUGCUCGUGGCAGUCUUGGCACUUACAGCCGUGCUGUUUACGUACUUUGCCAUCGACGCACACGACCGAAGGCAAGCGUUGGCACUUGCGCUGCAGAGGCGAAAGUUUAAUGCAACCGCCAUCGGCGGAGGCCUUAAUUUGGACGGCGAUGUCUUGAUCGACGUCGACGACGGCGUGAUGGGCAACCCAAAGGUGUACCCCGUCCAGCAAUGCGAGCUGCCAAACUACAUCAGCAAACACAACAAGAUUUAUGCAGUGUCGUCGAAUGGCGUCGAAGUGCCGCUAGCUAUCAAGGGCAUCAACUGGUUUGGAAUGGAAACGUAAGCAUGAUAUCGUGUCAAGGUCCCUGUGUGCUCGUCAACUGGACUCGCUGUCGUAGCGAAGAUGCGAUUCCAUUUGGACUGUGGGCAAACGACCAGAACGGCACCACGGCUUACCAAAUCGCGGCAUUUCUGUCGGCCAACAAAUUCAACAGCGUGCGCCUCCCCGUGGCUGUUUCCAACAUCCUGAACGACGUCAAGCCGGCACGGACCAUGAUCAAUCUGGCCGCGAACCGCGCGUUUGACGUGAGCUCGUAUAUGUCGCUCCUCAAGAGCGUCAUCACGACGCUGGCAUAUCGCAAGAUAUCGGUCAUGAUUUCGAUUCACUCGCUGACGCCGCAGUCGUCGGGUGGGGCGUGGUUCAACGGCGCCAUUUCCAAGGACAUGUUUUUGAAGGCCAUCGACAUGCUCGCCAGUGAGCUGUGCAGUGCCCACUACUGGAACGUCAUCGGACUCGACUUGAAGAACGAGCCGUACGAAUCGACGUGGGGCGACAACGGCCCGAUGGAUUUUCACCAAGGCGCUACAAUUAUUGGGAACCGCAUGCUGUCCAAGUGUCCGCAGUGGCUGGCGUUCGUGGAAGGAGUUGUGGCCGCGCACGAGGUUGAGAUCGACGGUGACACUUACAACUUCUACGACUGGUGGGGUGGUGGCCUGCAGCGCGCCAACGAGUUCCCUGUCCAGCUGUCGAGUCCAAACAAGGUGGUGUAUGCGCCACACUACUACAACCCGGCUGUGUACCCCCAGUCGUAUUUGUUUGGGAAGGGGGGAGUCGUCGGCGGCAACGGCGCCAUGAUCGGGUACAAGGAGCUGCCCGAUUCGGUGCUGCGCCAACGCGUGUCGGCCACGAUGGAUUCCAUGUUUGGCUUCUUGACAAAGUCCCAAGAUGCCGCAGUCGUCCUGGGCGAGUUUGGCGGGCUGUACGCACAAGACUUGCAUCCCAUGAAAACGACGAAGCGGUGCACCGACUUCACCGUCCAAGAGAUCAUGCGCCCUGGCUACGUCGGCGGGUACGUUUGGAGCAUGAAUCCAGAGAGCGCGUACCAGUUCAACCCGUCCGACACGCGUGGCAACUUCGUCGAGGGCGUUCUGAACCUGGACUGGCUCACCGUGAAUACGGAAUUUCUCGCGGCGCUCAAACCACUCGAUCAAAUGGCGGACCUGAAAAUGUUUCCUUGCUUCGACAAACCAGCGUCGCCGUGAAAACGCGACGACUUUGAUUUUAUCAACGGAUUUAGAAAUGUAACAUUGUCAUAACAUGUGGCCGCCGCGGCAUCAGCACACAUUUCUGGGGCACCGGCAGGCUUGGCUUGAAG